CCCUCGUUCCUUCCUUCUGGAUGGGGGCCCAAGGGGAUGGGGUGGGUAUAAAGGGCCAGGUGGAGAGCACCCAGGCACAAGACAGUGCACCACCAGGACUGGGCGACGGACUCUCGUGGACAGGAGCCUUGGGACUCACCAUUCAGAGGCCAUGCUGCUGUGGCUGGCUUUCACCCUCCUGUGGAGCACCACCUGCUGGGCACAGCAGAUGUACGGGCAAGGAGGAGGCAAAUAUUUCAGCACCUCCAGAAACUGUGAAAUCACCGGAAUCCGGGUGGCUGUGGAUCUCCUGGGCCUGGUAAAGAGUAUCCAGGUGAGAUGUGGCGUGUCCUGGAGCACAGUGUUCGGUGCCCCAGGUGGGACUACCCAGGAAUUCAUCCUGCAGCCCGGAGAACACAUCCAAAUGAUCUAUGGCUCCUACAGAGUGUUUAUCCGGUUCCUGAUCAUAGCCACAGAUCAAGGGCGCUAUGCCAUGUUUGGAAGGGAAAGUGGCAACACCUUCAUCGUCUUCCCCGAUAAGGACGGGAAGGUACUCACGGGAAUCUGUGGCCAGCAUAAGCUUUUAGGCCUUUCGGGCCUCUGCUUUCAGUGGGACUACCCUCUAGAGGAUGAGGAGUGGACCACUGAACAACCAACUAACUGUACUAGAGACAUGACAGACUCCAGCUGAGCCAAGGGGGCUGAGAAUAGCUGAGUCUGAGCCUCCAAUUGGAAUCCGCCAAUAAAUAAAGCUUCUGCAAGAA